GUCAGCAGUAGGUGGAUGAGAACUUCCUAGUUGGGUUUUACUUUGUGUAAAUAAACCGGAGGCAGAGUUUUAGCCAACGCGACGUGUAUGUGGAAAACCCCGGUUCCUCUCCAGUACCGGUUAAAACUCCAGCCCUCUCGCUUUUUUUGUUUUCUUUUCUUCUCUAUCGACUGUUUCUGGGUGUAAAAUGACUUUCUGUAGACUUCUCUCGGUGGUUCUUUUACCGAUCUUUUGGGUGUUCGUGUCCGCGGCAGAGGAUGCGACCAAAGCCGCCACCGGCACCACCACGGCGCCCAGACCGGCUUUGACGAACUCCAGCGGGGUGAACUCCACACACAGUGGCGGUAAAAGCAACGAUGCGGCGUUCCCCGGCCUUAACGUGGACAGCUCGAUGAUUCAGAGGGCCCUGUACGUCCUCAUCGGCAUCACCAUGAUCGGAGUCUUCUAUUUCCUCAUCCGAGCUGUGCGGCUGAAAAAACCCACCCACAAGAAGAAGUACGGCCUGCUGUCCGACUACGACGACUCUGUGGAGAUGGAUGCGGUGGACAGUGACGAAGACGACACUCUGUAUGAAGCUCGCAGCCUCCGCAGAUGAGUCCAGCUUGGAUCAGACGAGUGGAAAGUAUCGAUAAGGAGGCUGCAGGUGAAAUUGAUUUUGGAUUGGGAGAGAGAGGACUGACCGGUGACUGCUGGAGGAAGAAAAAUGGACCAAAUAUAAUUAUUAUUAUUAUUAUUGUUGUUAUUACUGUUGCAUACAAAUGCCAAAGCUUGAGCUGCUCCAGAGGCUGAGCAGGAUAAUAGAUAUUUUUUUAAAGUGUUGGAAGAUGUCAUCAGUGUGGUGAAGUUGUUGCCAUGGAGAAGCAGGAUGUUCUCUGACGCCAAAUUUCCCUCCUCUGUUUAUAAUUAUUAUUAUUAUUUCUUUUUCUAAGAGUUUCAUUUGUCUUGUUUUUCACUUUGUGCUUUAACUACUGUAAACUGACUCCAGACCAGCUGAUAGAACUGAUCAGACAGCAGCAGUUAUUGAUCAGACAGCAGCAGUGAUUGAUCGGAAGGCCUGUGAUUGAUCAGGAUUUUCCCUCCUGAUGGACUCUGACCCUCCACGCUGCACAGAUCUGACCUGCGUGCUGUUAAAAGACUCUGAUGUGACUGGUCUGUUCAAGCUGAAAUCUGCUGUUAAAAGAAAAUGAUGAUUGAUUUCCCGUGUGGGCGGAGCUAACAUCACGCUUUCCACCUCUGGUGUAGAGAAGCAGAGAACGAGGACUCGCACUAAAUAACAUUUACUGUAAUCUGAGGCUGACUUUGUCCCAUUAUUUUAAUUACUCAGUCCUACGUUUAACCAAGUCCAGCCUGCAGGGCCCUGAACACACCACAGACUCUAACAGACCAGGACCCCAGAGCUGCGUUCACAGACGCAUCUUUUCGACAGCCGAGUUCUUCAUUACUCAGAGACUCAGACAGUAUCUCAUAGAAAUCAGAAUAAACACAUCAUCAUUAAACAACCAUCCAGUGUUUUAUCAUCUGAAUGUCUCUUAGUGGAGUCGCUACGAUCAGCAGCUGUCACCUGUGAGGGUGACUCACCUGAACCAGGUGGACUCUGUGAUCCAGGACCAUGAACGUCGACACGUUCCUGAGUCUCUGCAGCAGAGGUGGAGCCACAUGUAGAUGAAAUACACCAGUUUGAAAUCAACUGUAGUUUUCCUUUAGUUUGUCUGUAAUGCAACUCAGUAACACCCCCCCCACCCACCCCCCCACCCCAUGUUCAGGUGUUUGUUUCAUCAUUCCUCAUAAUUUCAAAACAACUUUUGGUUCAGUUUAAAACAAAGAAACUUUAUGUCUCAGCUGUUGUUGACUUGUUUUCUUACAUGUAAACAUCAGUACUAUUUUUCAUACUGAGCUGCUGUGCGCUGCCAGACAGACUCUGAUCACAUUCACAUAUCAUCAUCAUUUCCCUCAUUCGUUCCAAACUUUCCACCUUCCACAAAACUUCUUUGAAAUCAUUUGAAAAUGUGUUUCAUUAAAAUAAAAGUUCAGCCACAUUAUUUUCUCUA